CUGCUACUUUCACUUUUGGUUUGUUGUCAUUGUCAGGGUCAGAUUAUAAGCUAUGCUUCGACAACUGUUAAAUGGUUUCACUACUGGGUCGUUUUCUACAAGUUGUCAGGUACGCAGCUUCAGUCGAUAUAUUCCGGCUAUAAAUGGCUUACUCUGGAAAACGUCAAUUACAAGCUAUCGCCGAAGUGCUCCGAAUUUUUCCCACUUUGCCAUGGAACAUGGGAUAAUAAGUCACCGUAGAGACGUUAAUAACGUACAUGAAUUUAGCAGGCAACUUAUUUCGAGCAAGAGGGUAUCGAAGACUGUGUGUGGAUUUCGAGAAUUGUCUACUGAGAACAAACUGCCAAUUAUUUACUUGUUUACAAAAGAAGGAUGCACCCUGUGUGACAUUGCCGUAGAGGCAUUGAAACCCCACAUGCACAGGUUUGUUCUGAAGGAAGUAGACAUUGAACUACCAGAGAAUGAGAAAUGGUACGAGAUGUACAAGUAUGAUAUUCCGGUGUUUUACAUUUAUGAAGAAUUUCUGUUUAAACAUCGUGUAGAUUUCGAUGCACUUGAGCGAGGGUUAGAAAAAUACAAAAAUGGAUAUGACGUCAGAAAGUGACAGCCAUCUAUUACAAUAAUAAUAUACGAUUGACGAAAAAUCGACACUGUUAUAGGGGUAAAUACUAAACCCAUGGGAUACUACUUAGCGGUGCUCUUACCAACAACUGACAUCAUUCUGUUCGUGUGAUUGAGCCAUGAGCCAGGGUAACAGUACAGUGUGGGGCCUAUACUUUCAUAUUUUUAUCUAUCAAUAAUUAUUAUAGUAGAUCUAUUCGAAGGUGGUUCACGCAACAUCUGGAUUGUAUCAUAGAUACUUUUGAUAUCACAAAAUACUGUUUAAGAUCGUUACCGGUUUUACCAGCGCGGUUUACACUCCGUUCUACCGUCCGUCUUUCCGUCCGUUCAAAGAAAUCUGAAAUAGCUCAAAAUAAUAUCAGCUAUUUGGAUGAUACAUAUGGUACGAAUUUGUAACCUAGCUGCUUUACCUAAAACACAAGAUGGGUUGAUAACAUUUUAUUAUUUUUACUGGAGAAAAAUGUGGUUUGUAUAUGGUUACGGAAAUGGCAAAAUCAAUAGUUAGCGACGGAUAGUAUACACGACAUUUUAUUUAUUUGUUUAAUAAAAAAUGACCAAAGAAAUGGUAAAUAAGACUUGCGGGAUUGCUGUGAUAACCCUAAAAGUGCUUAUGCUGUGUUGACAAAACUUGGUAUGUGGAUGGAGGACUUUGUGGACAUUAUGAAUAUUAGUUUCCUUUUUCAAAUUUUACAAAAAAGUGCUAUGAUGACGAAAAUAGUGAAACAGUUAAAAGGAUAAUAUAUUCAACAUCAGUUGGAAAAAAUAAACUUCUACUUAUAUUUAUGAAACUUUGUACAUAUGUGUGGAUAGGAGGCUUAUUGAGGGUUACACCUUGUUUUAAUUUUACAAGAAAAUGUAGUCAAUACUGUUACUAAUUAAAACAAUGAUUUGAUAUAUACAUAAGCGAUAUUUUGUGAUAAACAGUUGUACCUUUUUUCAACAUAAUGUCUAUUUCCUUAGAAUUGCAUAGCUAUGAAUGCUUUUUAGGAAACAUAAUUUAUGUUGAUAAAAAAUGUGGGACAAAUUCUUUAGUCAGUUUCCCAAUUUAAAUGGGGUGGCAUUGCUUGUUUACAGGUGACGCUAGCAAGCAAAAUAGCAUGAAUUCUGGAAACGCGGUAUCAGCAGAUUGUACAAGCAAUAAAGUCUUUUUAAAA